GACCCGGCCCCGCCGCGGGGGGUGUCCCUCCCGCCGCCGCCGUCCGCGCGCCACUCCCGGGACGGAUCCUGUGCGUCGCGGGGCGCACCAUGGCGCGCCGGGCGGCCCUCGCGCUGCUCAUGCUUGGCCUGCUUGGCACCCAGGUGCCGGCCCGCGGCCAGGGUUUUGAUUUAUCGCAUGCCCUUGAUGACCACGACAAGAAACCCACUCCGGCCCCACCGAAACAAGCCAGCGAUGAUAACUUCAAUUUAGAAGAUGCCCUUGGUGGAGGGAACAAUGACCCAGUGUCACCCGAACCGCCCAAGCCAAAACCUCAUCCAAACCCCAAGCAUCCCGGCUCUUCUGAUGGCUUUUCGGAUUUGGACCUUACCGAUGGGACUUCAGAUGGAGGAGGCGGUGGUGGCGGAGACCAGAGGCAUGGCUCGGAUGAGCAGGCUGACUCCCCGGGGGUGGUCCCUGGCAUCGUGGGCGCCGUCGCAGUCGCCGUGGCCGGGGCCAUCUCCAGCUUCAUCGCCUACCAGAAGAAGAAGCUGUGCUUCAAAGAGAACGCUGACCAAGGCGAGGUCAACAUGGAGAACCAUCAGGGCGCCAACGCCGAGCCACCCGUUCAACAGACCCUUCUGGAGAAAUAGAAGGUCGACAGCCGAGUGAUUCAUAGCAGGAUCCCGAGCUCGCCUGCUGAGCCUCUC